GACGGCCAGGUCGAAGCCGGGAGGCGGGGGAGGGUUGGUGAGAUCAUGCGGAGGGCGAGCUCGACGUCCGGAGGAGACGGCUGGCCGAACGCCGGCAGCCAUGGCCGGUGCAGCGCGCGACGACGGGUAGCGCGAGCCUCACAGCUAUGCUGCGAUUCCAAGGCAAGGCGGUGAUGUUGCCAGACCCCAGCUGCCUGAAGAAAUGUGGCGACGUUGAUAUUGUAUUCCCAUUUGGGAUUGGCGCUGACUGUGCAAUGGAAGGAUUUAAUCUCGACUGCAACAAGACUGUGGAUGGAAGCAGCCACAUAACAUAUUACCACAACGCUCCACUGAUGAAUAUAUCGCUGCUCCAUGGCCAGGUUCGGAUGAAGAACUACAUCCAAUACAGGUGCAGCAACCACUCGAAUGGGAACAUCAUCGAUGGCUCCUGGUACCUGCAACUCUCUGAUACGCCAUUCACAUUCUCAGAGCACCUCAACAUGUUCACAGUUUUCGGAGUCAACACACUCGCGUACAUGAUCGACUCUAUUAAUGUGCUUGGGUGUUUGGCGCAAUCCUGGCCCUACAACAACCUCUCAGCACGAGAUGGGUUUUGCAAUGGUGUUGGCUGCUGCCAGGUUGCACUCACCCGCAACAUGUCCUACUAUGAUGUGGACUUCAGUGAACGGUACAAAUCAUGGAUUUCAAUGAACGGUACCAACAGAAGCACCACAGAGGACGCAGAGUACUGUGGCUAUGCUGUGAUGAUAGAAGCUGCUGCAUUCGAGUUUCGCACAACAUAUCUUAACACGACAGUGUUCUGGAAAGAAAACGCUGGCCGUGUCCCACUGAUCUUGAACUGGGUAGUGGGCAACGAGACCUGUGAGAUUGCCAAGGAGAAAGCAGCUUCAUAUGCUUGUGUUAGCAAUAACAGCAUGUGCAUUGAUUCAACCAAUGGUCCAGGCUACCUCUGCAACUGCACUGAAGGCUACCAUGGCAACCCUUACCUACCUGAUGGAUGCCAGGAUAUUGAUGAAUGUGCUGUUAACGUUCCACGACCGUGCCCUGGAUAUUGCACGAACACACCUGGGAAUUUCUCUUGCCCGUAUCAAAAGCCUCCAAGUUCCUCUCGCUCUGGCACUGUGCUUCUAGUUGUUGGCCCAAGCAUUGGGGUUGUAAUUGCGGUCAUAGCCAUCACCUGCACAUACCUGAUCCGUGAAAGGAAGAAGUUGGCCGAUAUCAAGCAGAAGUAUUUCCAGCAACAUGGUGGGCUGCUGCUGCUGCGGGAGAUAAGCUUAAAGCAAGGCACUGCCUUUUCAAUCUUCACAGAGGCAGAUCUCACUGAGGCAACAGACAAGUUUGAUGACAAGAACAUCCUUGGACGUGGUGGCCAUGGCACUGUCUACAGAGGCGUGCUCAAGGAUGAUAGUCUGAUCGCAAUCAAACGGUGUGUAUCAAUGACCAACGAGCAGCGGAAGAAAGAGUUUGGCAAAGAGAUGCUCAUCCUGUCCCAAAUCAACCACAAGAACAUUGUCAAGCUACUGGGCUGCUGCCUUGAGGUAGAGGUCCCAAUGCUAGUCUACGAGUUCAUCCCCAAUGGCACGCUGUUUCAGUUCAUCCAUGGCGACAAUGGCUGCCACAACAUCCCCUUCACGACUCGGUUACGCAUUGCCCUUGAGUCUGCUCAGGCUUUGGCUUACCUGCACUCGUGGGCAUCGCCUCCAAUCCUCCACGGUGAUGUCAAAUCUUCCAAUAUACUUCUCGACGAGAACUAUGCUGUGAAGGUAUCAGACUUUGGUGCCUCGAUACUAGCACCAACCGACAAGUCUCAGUUCAUGACUGUGGUACAAGGGACUUGUGGGUAUCUAGACCCUGAGUACAUGCAGACAUGCCAGCUAACGGAUAAGAGUGACGUGUACAGCUUUGGAGUUGUUCUCCUAGAAUUGCUAACCGGCAAGAUGGCCUUCAACCUUGAAGGUCCUGAGGAUGAGAGGAUCCUUUCGCAGCGCUUCUUGAACGCCAUCAAGGAGGACAAACUCAUGGACGUCGUAGAUGAUCGCAUCAAGAUUGAUACUGACACUGGGUUGCUCGAGGAGAUUGCAGAGCUCGCGAGGCAGUGCUUGGAGAUUGUUGGUGAGAGGCGGCCGGCAAUGAAAGAUGUUGCCGAGAAGCUGGACAGGCUGAGCAAGAUCAUGCAACACCCGUGGGUAGCAGCACAACCCGACCCUGAAGAAAUGGAGAGCCUGCUCGGGGAGUCUUCGGUGCCCAGCUUGGAGAUGAUCGGUACGGCGAAUUUCAGCAUGGAGAAGAGGAUUAGAGGAUUGUGCAAGGGCUGAUGGAGUCUGGGCGUUAGAGCUGGCCCCAUCACGCCACAGAUUCACAGUGACCAUCUUAUUCUUAUGCUUAUUUCCAUCACGCCACAGAUUCACGGUGACCAUCUUAUUCUUAUGCUUAUUUCAGUAUGUAUAUGUACUUCCCUCGUUACGUUGCUUUGGGAGGAUAUCUGAGUGAUUUGAUUUGCUAGAGCA